AUGUCUCCGGUGAAGGACAUCCUUGCUGUCCUCUUCAUCUCGUUCGACCAUUUCGCCUAUGUCAUCUGCUGCGAAGGAACACCAUCCUCCCCUGAGACUCCGACUGCAAAUCCUCGUCGUUCCUCAAAACGGCUCAGCAAAGCCAAAUGCGAGGAGUACAAAGCUUCGUUGAAGAACGUGGCCUGCGACCACACCCAAACGGGAUUGAUCCACGGUGGACAGGAAGCUGACGCCUUCGAAUUCCCUCACAUGGCCCUCCUGGGAGAGAAGCUGUCGAACGGGGAAUAUUUUUGGAAAUGCGGUGGGGCCCUCAUCAGCGAGGAAUGGAUUCUCACAGCUGCCCAUUGCAUCGACAACGACCGGCCUUUGACGGUGAGACUCGGGGAACACGACCUCGACGAUUGGAAGGAUGCCAUCCCGUCCGAUUACCAAGUGGCCGAGGUCGUCAUUCAUCCGGAAUGGGGAAAUAGAAGACACAUAAUCCAUGUCUGGCGACCGAUGACGUCCAGCUGCCACAAGGGAGCAAUGUCACCGUUACCGGAUGGGGAACCACCUCCUUCGGUAUCCUUUGUUCGUGAGCAGAACGAGCCAAGUCCUGAAUCCCUCACAGGUCGAUUGCAUUGUUCCUUAGGCGGGAAGACGAGCAGCGUCCUGCUCAAAGUUUCUGUUCCGCUGUACGGUUCAUCCGAUUGCGACGCCCUGAUCUCGAGGUACCCCUUCGCUCUUGGGAGAGUCUACCCAGAGGGUGCGAGCGGGCGAGUCCUCUGCGCCGGGAAGGAAGGAAAAGACUCGUGCCAGGGUGAUUCGGGUGGACCGAUGACGAUUCCUCGCACUCCAGACAGCUGCGUGUAUACCGUCAUGGGGAUCGUAUCUAAAGGUUUUGGGUGUGGCACUGAAUUACCAGUCUUCUACACUAAGGUCUCCUCCUACUUGGACUGGAUCGAGGGGAUUGUCUGGAACACUAAUUCAUAA